AUGCGGUCAAUACUUCCAAUACUGUCGCUCAGCGCCUUGCUGGCCCCGGUCCAGUCCCUAUACUUCUAUAUCGAUGGCACGAGCCCGAAAUGUUUCUUCGAGGAAUUGCCAAAGGAUACGCUGGUUGUAGGACAUUAUACUGCAGAGGAAUAUGAUGAGAAUAGGAAAUCUUGGUCGAAACAUGAUGGAUUGAAUAUCUUCAUUUCUGUGGAUGAAGUAUUCGACAACGACCAUCGCGUAGUGUCCCAAAAAGGCUCUUCAGCAGGCCGCUUCACAUUCAGCGCCGCCGACUCAGGCGACCACAAAAUCUGCUUCACUCCCUCCUCCACCUCCGGCAACUCGGGAUGGUUAUCAGCGCUGCAUCCCAUGGGCGGGAUCAAGUUAACCCUGGAUCUGGCAAUUGGAGAGACCAGCGCCAUUGAGAGCACAGAUAAGGGGAAGAUCAACGAUAUUGUGCAGAAGGUCAAGGAUUUGAAUGGGAGGUUGCAGGAUAUCAGAAGAGAACAGGUUUUCCAAAGGGAACGUGAAGCCGAAUUCAGAGAUCAAUCCGAAACCACCAACGCCCGCGUCGUCCGCUGGACAUUAGUCCAACUCGUUGUCUUGGGAAUAACCUGUGCCUGGCAACUCUCCCACCUCCGAUCCUUCUUCAUCAAGCAGAAGUUAACAUAA